AUGUGUAUACAUAUAUCGUCUCUCACGAUUUGCUUGUUUGCUUAUCAGAUAUAUGUAUACCUGUCACUUUCAUAAAUGUAAACUUUUCAAUUUUUUGAAAUGUUAAGAUUAAUUUUUUAUAAUUUUUUCAUGAAAGACUAAAGUAGUGACUAAGUGAGAUCGAUUUUUGUAUCCAGUUUGAAUUCGAAGAUAAUGGCUGUGUCAAUAAAUGAAAUUUGUGAAAAUACAAAAUUAGCGAGAGAAAUGGCUCUGACUGGUAAUUACGAUACAUCUGGUGUUUAUUAUCAAGGAGUUGUUCAACAAAUUCACAGGCUACUUGCCAGUAUUGUGGAUGUAACACGAAAAGCAAAGUGGCAACAAGUUCAACAACAAAUUGUACAGGAAUUUGAAAAAGUUAAAGCAACUUCGAAUACCUUGCAACUUUUUAAAGUUGAUUCUCAAACGGAACGUUUGCUGGCAACUUCUUGUUUGUCAUAUGAGGAGCCAACUCGCGAUCCUGCUUACUGGUCUGGAGGAAGUUCAAGUGCCUGGAGCCAAUCGAAUAUUCCUCGGGAUCCUGAUGUCUGGCCACCUUUAACACCAGCAGAACAAAAGAACUUCAAACCUCAGAAGAAUCAAUCAAAACUUCAGCAGAAUCGUUCAGGUUUACGUAAACCAGCAAUUAAUUCAGGAAAAAAGACUGAUGCAAAAACUGCCGGUAAAAAGGAUGACAAAAAGCCAGUCAAAAAAGAUGAUUCCAAUAAGGAUAAAACGGAAACUGAAAAAGCAGAAGAAGUUGAAGAAAGGAAAUUCGAACCAUCUGGAAUGGAUAAAGAUCUUGUAGAUGUAUUAGAAAGAGAUAUUGUUCAAAAAAAUCCAAAUAUUCACUGGGAUGAUAUCGCCGAUCUUCAUGAAGCCAAAAGACUGUUAGAAGAAGCUGUCGUGCUUCCCAUGUGGAUGCCAGACUUUUUCAAAGGAAUCAGAAGGCCUUGGAAAGGGGUUUUAAUGGUCGGCCCUCCUGGUACGGGAAAAACAAUGUUAGCUAAAGCCGUUGCAACGGAAUGUGGAACAACAUUCUUUAACGUUUCGUCUUCCACUUUGACAUCAAAAUACAGGGGCGAAUCCGAAAAACUGGUGCGACUAUUGUUCGAAAUGGCCAGAUUUUACGCUCCGAGUACAAUUUUCAUCGAUGAAAUAGACUCCUUGUGUUCUCGACGAGGUUCAGAAUCGGAACAUGAAGCUUCGAGACGUGUCAAGUCUGAACUACUCGUUCAAAUGGAUGGUAUUAGUUCAAAUAGUGAGGAUCCAAGCAAAGUGGUUAUGGUCCUUGCAGCUACAAAUUUUCCCUGGGAUAUUGAUGAGGCACUUAGGAGACGUUUAGAGAAACGAAUAUAUAUUCCAUUACCUAAUGAUGAAGGAAGAGAAUCUCUUUUAAAAAUUAAUCUUCGUGAAGUGAAAGUGGACGUUUCCGUAAAUCUUAAAGAAAUCGCGAGGAAACUCGAAGGCUAUUCAGGAGCUGAUAUUACAAAUGUUUGCAGAGACGCGUCUAUGAUGUCGAUGCGAAAGAAAAUAGCGGGUCUGAGACCCGAUCAAAUAAGACAGUUGCCAAAGGAAGAAUUGGACUUGCCAGUGUCUGCGGAGGACUUUGACGAAGCGGUGGAGCGUUGCAAUAAAAGUGUUUCGCAGGAAGACUUGGAGAAAUAUGAAAAAUGGAUGAGUGAAUUCGGAUCGUCUUGAUACCGCUGCUUCCAACUUCAUUAAAUAAUGCAAAUCCAUUUUUUUCUAUUUGCCUUAAAAAAACAAAAAAAAAACAAAAAAAAAAGAAAGAAAAGAAAAGAUUGUGUUAACUGUUCCCGUGUAAUACUAGAUUAAUAGAAAAUUUAAAUUCAGCGUAAUAUUUUAGAUUUGUAGAGCUCAAUUUUAACGUCUUCAAAACAAUAUUUAUUUUUACUUUUUAAAAUAUAUAUUAAUACAUUAAUUAAUGCACAGUUUCUUGAUUUUAUUCAUCAAAGAUAUAUCUUUGUUUUAAAACUUUUUAAAUCAACUUUUUUAUAUCUUCAUUUGCGGAUGAUAUGAAUUUUAAAAAUAAUUCUAAUUUGUUAACAUCGAAACACCAAUA